AUGUCGUACUGGAGCCAAGGAAAGCUGCUAGUAUCGGCCGUGCACGUACUCCUCUUUCUGGUCGGCCUGCUGGGCGUGGAGAUCUUCCUCCGGGUGCGCCGCAAGUGGUCGCUCCUGGGGCACUCCACGGGUAGGGCGGCUACCUAUCAGGAUGACAUCAUCGUCGAAGACAUCGCAUCGCAAAUCGAGGAGCAUGACCUGCUCUCGCGCAGGAAGAUCGGCGCAUUCGCGUUCGGACUCAGCUUCCUCGCCUGCUUCGGAUUCGUGCUGAUCAUAUGCACCAAAGUGUUGCUCUCAGACAACUCGGACCGAAGCUUCUUAGACCUGCUCUGGGCGGCCGACGUCAUCAUAUGCAAGAUCAUCAUAUUCUACCUCGCGCCAGCCGGACUAUGCCACAAGUACAUCAACAUCACCUCGGAGCUGCGAGCCGUGCACCGCAUCUCCAGAGUGCUGCUGUUCCUGCUGGUAUGGAACUGUAUUUCGUGGGCGUUCACGCGGGCGAUGUUGAGCGAGCUGCUGGUACUGAAGACCCAAGCUGACACCUCCACCGUCAUAUUAGACGCGCUCGGCGUGAGCGGCUUCGGACUCGCCUUCAUCGCCGUGCUCACGGGGUUCACGAGCGUGUACGUGCCCUACCGCGUAUACGUCACGCGCAAGGAUGUGCUCACCACCACACAGGUGGACAACCGCAUCGCGGACGCCACGAUGGCCAUACAGCACCUCAGGGAGGAGAUACUCAAGCAGCGCGACCCGCUGGCCAGCCUCGUGGCGGAGUGCAGCGAGGAGGAGAGUGAGGACGAGGAGUUUGAGGCAGAGCCCACGGGGUUCUUCCGCACGAGCCACUACAUGGACCGCAUGGAGCAGAACAGCUCCCCAGCGAUAAGCACAGCGCCCGAAGCGCAGGACGCCACAAGCGACCCUUCGUGCGCCACGUACGCCCCGGAAGAGGCGCAGGCACCCGGUGCGCCCACAGGUGUAUGCAGGAGCGUCUUACGGCGGGUCAACGGUUACCUCACGAACGUGGUGCGCAACCCGUGGCGGUGGUGGCGCCACACCGAUUUGGCAGUACGGGAGGCAACCAAUCAGAACUCGGUUCACGGCUUGAUGCGCUUGCAGGCGUAUAUAAGGCAGGAGCGCGCGUACCUGCUCGACAUACGGCAUCACCGACAGCUCUGGAAUAGCAAGUUCGGCAGGCUGCGCAUAAUGGUGCGCUAUUGCGAGGUGCUAUGGGCGGUGCGCACAGUGCUGGUGGUGUCCUACCGCAUCAUCAAGAUCAGCCAGGCGCCCUACGCAGAGACGGCCACGCGCGAGGGCGCCACCAAGGUGAUGGCCCACGUAUACCACCUUUACAUCAAGGACAACUUCGUCAGGCGACUCAUCAGCGACGUGCUCAUGCGCAGCGAGCCGCCCUCAUACCUGGACCUCACGCUCUCGCGCAUCAGCGCCCUGCUGCUCAUGAUCAUCACGCUCGCAAACCUCGACCACUUCUUCGACUUCUGCCGCAUCCUGCUCAACACGCAGUACUUCCAGAAGCGGAGGCUGCUCACGGACAACUCGCUCGGCCUAGCGCUCAGCGCAUUCCUCGUCUGCAGCGUACCCUCGCAGUUCUGCCUCAUGAUACCCUUUUUGCCGGAAAGCCAGCGCAAGAGCGCGCUGCAGUUCAUGUUCGAGGGCGACAUACUGGUCUGGCUGGGGCUGCAGCACCGCUUCGACCUCUUCGUGUUCGUCACCAUCAUGUUCAUGCUCAUCGGAGUCGCCAUCAUGCACCACCGGAGACCAAAGUAUUACGCGCUACGCGAUCGAAUUGUCUGUAAUGUCUGA